CUUGCUUUGCGCUUCCAUCCGGACAAGAAUCCGAACAAUCCGGCUGCCUCGGAAAUUUUCAAGGAGAUUAACCGUGCCUACCGGACGCUUGCCGAUCCAAUUAAACGGAACAUCUACGACAAGUAUGGUAGCGUAGGUCUGUCUAUAGCAGAGCAAUUCGGGGAGGAGAAUGUGAACACCUACUUUGUCCUCACAAAUAAAUGGUGCAAACUUCUAUUCUUGUUCAUCUUCCUUCUCACUGGAUGCUUCUUCUGCUGUUGCUGUUUCUGCUGCUUCAACUUCUGUUGUGGCAAAUGCAAACCGAAAAUGCCGGAUGAAGAAGAUCUGGAAGCAGCAGUCAAUUUACAG